AUGGCCUCCAAUCCACAACUACCUUUGACCGUUGAAAAUGGUCCCCAAACAUCACCCGUCUGCCUCAUUGUACUCGGCAUGGCCGGUUCGGGCAAAACAACAUUUGUACAAAAACUUACCCAAACCUCAUUUGCCAAAUAUAAACCCUAUGUCAUAAAUUUGGAUCCGGCCUGUCGGGAAACCCCCUAUCAUGCUAAUAUUGAUAUACGCGACACCGUAAAUUAUAAAGAAGUUAUGAAACAAUAUAAACUAGGACCAAAUGGUGGUAUUGUAACAUCUCUCAAUUUAUUUGCAACGAAAUUUGAAAAAGUUGUCGAACUGAUACGACGUGCUGGACAACAGGGUCAUAAAUGGUGUAUUAUUGAUACGCCGGGACAAAUUGAAGUAUUUACAUGGUCGGCAUCGGGUACAAUAAUUACCGAGGCGUUGGCUACAAUGUUUCCCACAAUUGUGGUGUAUGUUAUGGAUGUGGUGCGUUCGGUGAGUCCCACCACGUUUAUGUCCAAUAUGUUAUAUGCCUGUUCGAUAUUGUAUAAGGCCCGGCUGCCGUUUAUUGUGGCCAUGAAUAAGAUUGACAUGCAAGAUCAUGAUUUUGCCGUGGAGUGGAUGACCGAUUUUGAGGCCUUCCAAGAAGCCUUGGAAAAGGAACAAAAUUAUAUUAGUAAUUUAACCCGCACUAUGUCCUUAACAUUGGAUGAGUUUUAUAGUGAUCUGAAAACCUGUGGCAUAUCAUCAAAAACCGGUGUGGGUUUUGAUACCUUCUUUGGCCUUGUGGAAGAGGGUGCCAUAGAAUAUGAAAAGGAUUACAAAGCUGAAUACAACAAACUACGCGAGGAAAAACUGAAAGAGCAAACCAAAAAACAAGAAGAGAAAUUGGAAACCAUUGCCAAAAGUAAAGGAGCUGGCAGUGAAAUUAAAUUGACGGGCUUUGUGGAGGAGGUUUCCAGUGGUCGCGAACUUUCCGAUGUCUAUUUAAAACAUCCGGGCAAUGAAAGUUCCGAAGAUGAAGAAGGCAACGAGGAUGAGGCCCCAUCCACCUAUCAAGUUGAACAAACGGAAGAACAAAAUUUCCAACAAUUUGUUAAAAAUCGUAUCGAUACACAAAAUGAAAAAAAUAAACAGCUAAUGUCGGAAUGAGAAGCAAACUAA